AUGGCUCGGCCGACUUUGGUCUAUCUGGAUGUGAAGGCCAUGGCAGAACCGAUCCGGCUCGCACUUUUCAUCGGCAAGGUGGACUUCGAGGACAAGCGAGUGUCGUACGACGAGAUCACGAAGAUGGGCACCCAGGGCAAGCUGCCCUUUGGUCAGGUCCCCGUCCUUCAGCUGGAUGGUGAAACCUUUGCGCAGACACAGGCCAUUCUUCGGUGGGCCGGGCGUGAGGCCAAUCUUUAUCCAGAGAACCUUCGACUGCAACUUCGUUGCGAUGCCGUAGAAGACGCGCUGGUGGACAUGAAGAAAGUCCUCGGCCCGUGCUGGUACAACUCCCUCCUCGGGCGCGAUCCGGUGACCAAGCAGCCUCUGGUGCAGCUACCUGACUCUAUGCGGGAGGAGGUGCUGCAGAGCUUAAACAACAUCGUUCUGCCGGCGCGGUUCCAGCAGUUGGAGAAGUUCUUGGCCGCAUCUGGCGGCCCGUACUUCUGUGGAGACGAGAUGACGAUCUGUGACCUGAGCAUGUAUGUCUUUGUUGCGGGGAUCUUGGAUGGGACGUUUGUUCCGGGUAUCGAUCCUCGGGUAUUGGAUGCCUGCCCGGGACUGAAAGCUCUCGUGGAGCGAGUGGCAAGCCAUCCACGGGUGAAGGAGUGGAACGCAAUGCACGUCUGA